AGAUUGUCAAUCUACAGAGGAGAAUUGCUGAUUCAUGUGUUGCUUCUCUUCUCUCUAAUGUAGUCGUGUUUUUUUAUUUCCGCUUUUACACCAUUUUACUUAGCUCAUUUUGUUUUACAAUUUUGUCUUUUAGUUAGCUGCUCACAUGGCAUUGCUGUUAGUUUGUUAGGAUAUUUUCUCUGUUUCUUCUCUGUUAUUUAAACCCAGCUACUCCAUUCCUUCUAAAAAAAACAGAUUUUUGUGAAUACACAUAUUCUUCAGAAAAUGGCUUUGCUUGUGUAUUCAUCUGUUGUUGAUAGAGAAUUUGACAUGGUAUCAGAGCCAUCGUGCUGAUGGUCUCUGUAUAUCUCUAUUGGUGAAAAACAUUAUACAAACCUAAAAUAGAUGAUGGCUGAUUUACGAGGAGGAACGACAGAAUCAACACCAGCAGACAUGAGAUCUGGAGGUGAACAGAACCAUGCGAAGCUGCUUCAUUUGGAGUACUCUCCUUUGCCUAUCAUCUCUGCGCCUCUGAAUGGGAACAACUGGCUAGCCUGGAGCAGAGCGAUACGCAUAGCGUUAGGCGGCAGAGACAAGUUGAGCUUUAUCGAUGGAACCUGUGUGCAACCACGAGAGGGUACUGAGGAGAUGCGGCAAUGGAGGACAACAGAUUACAUGGUUCUAACCUGGAUACUAAACACUAUAUCUAAGGAGAUAGUCAAUGCCUACCUAUAUACGUCUUCAGCAAGAGCUUUAUGGCUGGAGCUCGAAGCACGAUACGGUGAGUCUAACGGUCCAUUGUUGUAUCAAAUACAGAGAGAAAUCAAUUCCAUGACACAAGGAAAUAUGAGUGUGGCGACAUAUUACACUAAACUGAAACAACUAUGGGAUGAAAUACGCUGUCUAAUACCUACUACUUCAUGCACUUGUGGACUAUGUAUGUGUGGUAGCAACGAUAGAAACAUAGUGCAGACUGAGGCAGGUCAUUUAAUCCAAUUUCUUAUGGGGUUAAAUGACUCCUUUGAUGGAGUGCGCAGUCAAAUAUUGGUGAUGGAACCUUUGCCUCAUGUAGAUAAAGCAUACUCCAUGGUUAUGCGAGUCGAAAGGCAGAGACAGAUACACUUAGAGUCUAUGGACACAGGGGUUAAUACAGCAAUGUAUGUGAGAAAUGUGGAACAUGAUCGCAGCUAUGUUUAUAAAACCUUUGGGAAGAAGAAAGUUACUGAUAAGAGACAUUUAACCUGUGAGAGUUGUGGCAAGAUGGGACAUGACAAGGACACAUGUUUCAAGAUCCACGGCAUUCUUGAAUGGUACAGAGAAUUAUCUGACAAAAGAAAAAAGGGCAGUAAUGAAGGGAAAGCAUAUGUAGCUAUUGAAAAAGCUGCAGGUAUGAAAAACACCUCACUCAUUUCAGAUUUCAUAGAAGCGCUUAAACUGGUUCAGAACAAAGCUGCAAGUGAUCCUGUGAAAGUGCAUUAUGCACAGUUUGAUGAGGCUGCAGGACCGGAGGACUGAGAAAGUCUUAGCUAUAGGCAAGCAAAUAGGAAAACUUUACUAUCUGGACACACUUUCUUUUUCACCUAUGAACAAGGCAUCUUAUUCGAAC